UACAAACGUCGAUUUGAUUUUCACAGGAAGAAAAUUAAGGUUUGAGAAGAUCAAGCAAAGCAAAGAAAUUGUUUCGACAAAAUAAACUUAUAAAGAAUAAUCUGGUUCAACAGGGAAAGAUCAAAUUAAGACAAUACUGAAAAAAACAGCAGGAGAUCUUGUGGAGAAUUUGUGAAUAAUGGCCUCUGAAAAUAAUGAAAACGAUUUUAAAGCUAGGUUAACUAUAGAAUGCAGGCCUCCAGUGAAGGAAAUAACACUGGCUGUUUCUCUUCUAGUAAUGGGAUCUCUCGGCAUUUUAUUGGGUCUUUUAAUGCUCUCCACACAAACUGGAAGGACCAGAAUCCAUGGCGUGUUGCUUACGUUGCUUGCAAUGGUCUUUUUCAUUCCGGGAUUUUAUUAUACAAGAAUUGCAUGGUAUGCUUACAGGGGCUACAAAGGUUUCUCAUUCUCAAGCAUUCCAGCAGUCUGAAUAAUUUAGAAUCUGGAGUUGACUUGUACUCCAAGGUUGUUGUAAAUGUUUGUAAUUGUAUUAAGGCUAUAUUAUGGAUUGUUUGAAGUUUUAGAGAGUAAGAAAGAGCAUAAUUUUCUUAAUUAUUAUUAUAUACAUGAUCUAAUGAUUAUUAUUAUAUACAUUAUGAUCUCAAUUACCUGUUACGCAAUAAUGUGAUAACUAGUUUGUUAAUUCAAGCAAAGAUGUGCGUAUUUUGAUGGUGGAGUUCCAUAACCUGUAAAUACGAUAUAUCAGGCUUAAAUUAUGGCCGGUUCUUAAUAUAUAAUGUCAUAUUAUUAUGAAACGA